GCUCUUCCUCCACUGCGCUGCGCUGCGCUCUCCUCGUCCUCCUCGCCAAAGCAGGCGCGCGGCAGGCCAAAAACCCCACCUCCCCCAGCGCCGCGCAGGGCUCUCACCUAUUCCGGAAGCUUCCAGAAGCAGCCGACGGAGACGAGCGGGCUUGGACAUGGCGCCGCCGUCCAUCCACUGCCCCUCCGACGACGGCAGCACCGAUGAGAAGGCUCUCAGCAGGGCGGCCAUGGACGGCAACCUCCGCCGCCUCAAAGGUAUUGUAAAGAGUCUUACCAAAGGAAAUGGCGACCGGUCCGCCAUUUUCUCUUUCAACACGGAUGGACUUAAUGUGUUGCAUUUCGCGGCGAUGGCCGGAAAUCUGGUGGUUUGCAAGUAUUUGGUGGAGGAGCUUGGGGGAGAUGGGAAUGCUCCUGGAUCUGGAGCUCUAGCGCAAGGCUCGACUCCGUUUAUGAUGUCUGCUCAGUCGGGUGAUCUUCCUACCUUCACAUACUUUCUUGAUCAUGGUGGUGAUCUGAUGAAAACAGACGACAAAGGAAGCACAGUUCUCCACCAUGCUGCGGCUAAAGGAAGUAGCAAGGUAACAGAGUUCAUCCUUUCAAAAGGAGUGCCAGUUGACCUGGACUGUGGCCGUGGAACUCCACUCUAUAUGGCUGCUACAAAUGAGCAAGAUAAGACACUCAAGAUUUUACUGGACCACAAUGCGAAUCCUAACAUCACUACUAGUGGUGUUGGAGGUCCCCUGCUCGGUGCUGUUAUUUACGGCUCAUGGAAAUGUAUGAAGCUGCUCAUUAAGGCUGGUGCCAAUGUUAACUGCAGGGGUUCCAUGAUUACUCCCCUGGCAUUUGCAACAAUGCACGGAGACUACACCAACUACAUUAGAUUGCUACUGAAGGCUGGAGCAGAUCCUAAUAUUCCAGAUGAUGCGGGUAUGUUGCCAAUAGAGUAUGCUGCAGUGCGUGAUUGCAUGGAAGAGGUUGAAAUGUUGCUGCCUCUGACUACCCCAAUUCCAAAUGUCCCAGACUGGAGUAUUGAGGGAGUAAUUUCUUAUGCAAAAUUUGGAGAUAAAAGGCCAAUAGAGCAACUGCACUUUGAAAGAAGAAAUUCUUUGUUCAAGUCAAAGGCUGAUACGGCAUUCAAGAAGGAGUAUAAGAUGCCAUCACCGUUUUAUGACCUGGUAAGGUGGAGAAAAGAAGUGACUGGGAAGACAAAGGAAAUUUCCCGUAUGACCUCGGAGAGGAAAGAAAAGGGUCACAUGGAUUCAUCAUUAAGCACGGAACACAACUGUACAGUCCAAAUGCAACUUUAUAUAGUGUUUGGCCAGUUUAUGGUAUCUGUUGAUGUACCGUUACAAAGUACUGUGCGGGAAGCAGUUUCUUCCGCAUCGAGAAAGCUUGGGGUGAUCAUUUAUGAUUACUAUAUCAUUUAUUCCUCAAGGAAUUUGGAGCUGGAUGAAACAUUAAAAUCACAACGUGUACUGCCUGGCAGCUCUCUUAUGCCAAGGGGGCGACUUCGGGGUGGGGUACCGCAGCGGAUUACAUUUCAUCUCCCAUUCAUCGACUAUACGCAUGCUUUCGGCGACGAGUUAUUUGAUUUAUGUUCAGUACCAAAUUAUCGCGAAAUUGCAGUAUGCCUAGAUCUACCAGGGACCCAGAUAUGCUAUCAUUUGAUUUGGAUGAUUCAUAGGCUAUUUCAUCAAAGGGUAUGUGUCCCGGCCUUCACUUCUGCGGAUAUUGUCUUCAACAGCAGUUCUGGAUGUUUCAACUUUAGAUCAGACUUUGAGGGUUAUGAAGAUAUAGAUGAUGACCGGUUUGCAUCUAGUAUGAGAUGCUUAGGGUACGUGAUUAGAAGAACAUUCUAUUUUUCCCCAGCAAGGGUCCGGCAGGGACUACCCGUGAUUCGGAUCCUAGUUCAUGGAGAGGAUAAUAGUCAAAUCAGCGGUCAACUUCCGGACUAUGUUGCUUAUCUAGUGACGGAUUUAAUGGACAUACAAAAUAUUGUACAUGGUGCGAAUAUGGAAGAACUGAUUGGUUAUUUCAUAUCUCAUAUCACACUGAAAACUUCAAUGGGAAGAAUCUCUUAUCACUUGAAUUCAGCUCUCCAUAUGAAGUGCUACCCUGGCGGCGUUGGUGGAGUUAAAGCUUUCUCUCUGUGUAUGCGGGCACUCAAUCAUUUAUGGAGCACUUGUAUGUCUUCUCCGCUAACUAAGGUGUGGGGAUUUUCUAAAUUAAGAUGGAACAAAAGGCGAUCUUUAGCCUAUUUUUCACAACAUUGCAGGAACUUUAUUUCACACUAUGAGAUACAUCAGAUGUCUCAGAAACAAGCCGAGGCGUUAGUAAUGUUGCAAGCGUCGAAGUUUGUUCAUCUACUCUCAGUUGAACUGUCUCUGUGGAUUCCUGUUAACACCCGCAUUCAAGGAAUUGGAGCACCUAAUGUACCCAUUGCCGUUCCCACUCUUGGAACUAAUCAGUAUGCUGUUAAUGGCUAUAACACUAAGCAGAUAGGCCAGAUGUAAGCAUACUGGACUUGUGGUUUUCACAAGGAUGUGUUCCAGGCCAGUCAUGGAUGGAGGCCGAUGGUCUGAAGAUAGAUGAUGCUGUCUUGUCUCUGCUGGGAUGCCUGCCUUUAUUUGGCUUGUUAAUCGCAAGUGUAUUCUGAUGAAGGAGUGUUCCAGGCCAGUCAUGGAUGGAGGCCGAUGGUCUGAAGCUGGGUGAUCUGGGGAAAGUAUGAAGAUAGAUGAUGCUGUCUUGUCUGUGUAGACUGCUAGGAUGCCUGUUACUACAAGUUUCUUUCUCGGCUGUGAUCUAGACUAGUUCUCUGCAUGAACUGAACCAUGUAACAGCAGCAGGUCCUGUAUUGGCCUGUGAGGAUGGUGUAUGCCCUUUUUAAGCUAUCUUAUCCCUUUUGCAGCUCUGACUAGAUAUUACUCCAUAUACGAGAAUUUCUAGUCUAUCUGUACUCGAGAACUUCUCUGCAAUUUUUGAUAUUUCAUAGAAAGCCUUUUGUAAA